CACCUAAAAUGUUACGUCACAUCCGUUCCAGAAUUUGGUUGCUAUAGCAACGGGACGCCACGGCUGCAGACAGAGAAGAAAUGGGAGAAACGAGUGAUUACAUUGCAAACUAUGCAAAUAUAUUUGAUGUUGAGCUGGACAAAGCAGCACGGGUAAUACAGCGAGCCUUCCGGAGGUUUAUAAAUAUUAAAGUUUUUAAUUUCUACAAAAAUCUCAUCAAUUUUAAAGGCAAAGGGGAUCCACGGCUUUUGCUAAAAUGCAUCAACCCCCAGGAGGCAGAGCUAAUUGAUGCUGCAGCCGGUAUCCACGUCCGAUUCAGAUUAGGAGGGGUAAGAUUCCCUCCAAAUAUAUAUUACAAACUCUUUACUCACAGGCCUGUUGUGGACAUGUGUGCAAAUAGCCCCAAAAAUUACACCAGUCCUUCCACGAAACAGCUGCUUCCUAAACAAAUACACAAUCGCGGCGCAAUUCCAGUGAAGGACUUUAGCGGCUGGUACUCGCGUGUAGAGAACAACGGCUGGAGGCUACUCACACUCAGGGCCUAUAGCAGCACAGAUCAAAUAACUACUACUGGUAAUAGAAAGAGAAUAACAUUUCACCACACCAGAAUGCAACGGAAACAGGAUGUGGAAAGAAGACAAAAGCUAAGGAAAGUUGACUGGAUGAAAAAGAUGUAUUAUGAAGGAAGCCUGCAUGCUCGCACUGAAGACCCAAACACACAAAUCCUAGUUCAGAGAGCGACACAGGGAGUCAUACAAUCUGUAGAGCAAUAUGGAGCUGAUAUUAUCAUGGACUGGGAGGUGGAUGAACUUCUAACCUGGACCAAUGCACUCAACUACAAUGAAUACUGUGAUGACUGGAGGAUAAUUGGAACUAGCAAAUCAUCAUCUGCCUUUAAAGGAUCCGCUCUAAUUAGAUCAGCAUAUGAUACCUAUGAAUUCUCACGUCUUUCCCUAAGCAGCCAAGACAGUACAGCUAAUAUAAUGACAUAAAAUCUCACAAACUGUUCAAUAAUUAGAAACAUUUAUAUUAUUCAAUUUAUAGAAAAAAAACAACCAAUUUAAUCUGUGAAGUAUUAAAAUACCACAUUUGAAAUAACUGGUUGACAAAAUGUAAGUAAUGUUAUUAAAAAGGAGAAUUUCUUACCUGUUAUGUAGACUGGAACAAAAUAAUUCUGCUUUUCUUCUUCUUUUCUAGAUAAACUUUAUAAAACCCCU